UAUCUUCCUCCAUACUCUCUCUCUCUCUCUCUCUACAUUGUCCCACUCUUCACUUUUCCCUCAUUUCACUUUUCCUGGUUACCAAACACACACACACACUCUCUCCAGUACUCUCUCUCUCUCUAGAAAAGCUAAAGCUUUGGUGGUUGGUUUUCUUUCUAUAUCGUUAUCAUCUUCUCCCUCCUUUGAGUCAUCUCUCUGCAAACACAUCUCUGUGUCGGUGGUGGGAUCGCUAUCAUUCACAUUGAUGAUGUUCUCUGCCUGACUCGUUUUUUCGGUCUUCAUUUCUCAUUAUUGCACUUCCUAUAGAGAAAGUUCAAUUCUUUUCUCUGCUCUUGGAAUGUGGAUCAUCAUCCAUGCAAUGCUCACCUGAGAAGAAGCAAGUGUAUUUAAGUGGUUGGUGAGUGAAUCAUGGACCACAAGCCAUGGCUUUGGAGGAAGAAAUCUACAGAAAAGCCCAAUGUUGGAGCAGCAGCAGCAGCAGAAGACAAAGUCAACGUCUUGGGCAAAGGAAAUGAAGAUGAGAUAGAGGCACUUCGGGCUGAGAAGGCAGAGCUGGAGAACAAUCUGAAAACUUUAAGUGAUAAGCUUGCUUCAGCUCUCUCUGAAUGUAACAGCAAAGAUGAACUUGUGAAGAAACAUGCCAAAAUGGCACAGGAGGCUGUUCAAGGCUGGGAGAAGGUAGAAGCAGAUGCGGGGUUUCUAAAGCAAGAACUGGAUAAAGCUUUACAAAUCAGAGCAGCUCGUGAAGAAAGAAUAGCUCAAUUGGAUGCAGCCCUCAAGGAAUGUAUGCAGCAGCUACGAUUUGUUCGAGAAGAACAGGAGCAAAGGGUUCAUGAUGCUAUGAUGAAGACAUCAAGAGAAUUUGAGAAAUCCCAGAUGGUGUUAGAGGAGAAAUUAGCAGAGACCACUAAAAGGCUUUCUAAAAUAGGUGCUGAAAACAGCCAUCUUAGUAAUGCUCUUUUAGUGAAGGAAAAGUUGAUAGGAGAUUUAAGAAAACAAUUGACUCAGGUGGAAGCUGAUUUCAAUGCGCUCACGAGUAGAUUAGAAUCCACUGAGAAAGAUAAUGCUUCUUUGAAAUAUGAAGUUCGAGUGCUUGAGAAAGAGCUUGAGAUCCGGAAUGAGGAGAGAGAAUUCAACCGUCGAACUGCUGAUGCAUCACACAAGCAAAAUCUGGAGGGUGCAAAGAAAAUUGCAAAGUUAGAAUCAGAAUGUCAGAGGUUGCGUCUCCUGGUCCGGAAGCGGUUGCCAGGUCCUGCUGCUUUGGCAAAAAUGAAAACUGAAGUUGAAAUGCUAGGACGGGAUUCUGUUGACACGAGGAGGAGAAAGUUGAAUCCAAAUGGUUUAAUGUAUGACUCUACUGUUGACAACUUUCCCGAGACUCCCAGCAAAAGGGUUAACAUUCUGACUGACCAGUUAUAUGCUAUGGAAGAAGAAAACCAGACUCUCAAGGAAGCACUCAAUAAAAAGAUGAAUGAACUCCAGUUCUCAAGAAACAUGUAUGCUCGUGUAGCUUCAAAAUUAUCACAAGUUGAAACACCGCUUGAAGAAUCAUCAAGAGGCCAGACAACCAUGGAGCCAAUGAGGAGUAGUCUUAUGUCUCAUGAAGUCUCUGUAGCAUCUAUGUCUGAUAUUGGCAGCGAUGAUAAGGUUAGUUGUGCUGAUUCAUGGGCUUCUGCCUUGAUUACGGAACUGGAGCACUUUAGAAAUGAAAAACAAAAGGGAUCACUAACAAGCAAAACUGUCGGAGUUUCAGACAUAAAUCUGAUGGAUGACUUUAUUGAAAUGGAAAAGUUAGCAGUGGUUUCUGCUGAUAAACUAAGUGUAGGUUCUCCUGUUUCUUCAGCUAACGCAUUUGUUGGCACCUUGGAAACUGAGUAUUCCUCAGAACUUGUGGGUAGAGAGAUAGUUCCUGUUUCUGACAGUGAGUCAGGCUUCAAUAUGUCAAACAGGGAGACCGGAUUUAAAAAUAUUCCUGAUGGUAAAGCUCCCAAUUGGAUUCAGGAUAUAGUGAAACUGGUGUUGGAGCACAACCGUGUUGCAGGAAGAAAUCCUGAACAGAUACUUGAGGAUAUAAGAUUAGCUCUGGCAUCCACAGAAAAUCCAAAGCCUGGUGAGUUGGUUGAUGCAAGGACAAAUGGAAACCAUUUUGAUGCAUCCAAUCCUUCCUCUGUUAAAAGCUGCAUCUCAUGGAAAGGUUCAGAUAGAUCUCUAGUAACUGAUUCACCCAGUGGAGUAAGUGAUGUGGACAUCUCAAGCCCAAAGAGGAGUAAUCAGCACUUCCAGCCAGAUCUGAGUAAAUCAUUAUGUAAAAUAAUUGAGCUUAUUGAGGGAAUCAGUGUGCCAUCUCCAGAUUAUAACCCAGAGAAUGGGACCAGGAAGGAUGGGAACUUGUCCACAUAUAAGAAUUCAGAAUACACAGGCUACAUGGUUCGUGUUUUCCAGUGGAAAACUUCUGAACUUGGUGAUCUUCUACAACAAUUUGUUCAUGCUUGUUAUAAUCUGUUGAAUGGCAAGGCUGGUCUUGACAAGUUUGCCCAAGAGCUCACUACUGCUUUGGACUGGAUUUUAAACCACUGCUUUUCACUUCAAGAUGUUUCAAGCAUGAAGGAUGCAAUUAAGAAACAAUUUGAUUGGGAUGAUACACGAAGUGAAAGUGAAGCAGAAGUUGGAGUGGUUGGUCACUUUUUAGAUACAGACAAAUUACGUGUUCCACGAGAACAGUUAUCAUGUUUGCCCACGUCUACUUCUUCAAAUGGCCAUAGCAUCCAAAUAGAAGAGCUGCAGGCCAAUCUGGUCAAAGAAAACAGAAAAUUAAAGGAUGAAUUGGUGAAUAUAGAAUCUGCAAAGAGAGAGUUGGAAGGGAGAUUUCAGUCAGCUUGUGAUAAGAGUGAAUACCUGAUGAAUCAGCUUAAGGAAUCGGAAAAGGCUAUCGCCAGUUUGAGAACAGAGUUACAAAGUUUAAGAGAGUCAAAAGAAAUCAUUGAGGACCAAAUUAAAAAUCACAAGGUGAUGAAUGAAGAUCUUGACACGCAGCUUACAGUGGCCAAAGUUGAAUUAGGUGAAGCUCGCCAAAAGUUUUCAUCCCUAGAAGUUGAACUGGAGAAUAAAUACAACUGCUGUGAAGAAUUGGAGGCUACAUGCCUGGAACUACAGCUUCAGCUUGAAAGGUACAGAUGCAUACCACCAAAGAUAGUAUACCGACAUAUUAAAGCUUUUACUUAUUUAAAAAUAUUGACUAAUGUAAUAAAAUUAUUGAGGAAUCUUAUGCAUCUGAUAUAUGUUUAUUUUGGCAGUGUGAAGAAGAAAAGCCCAAAUUCCGAUCUUAAUCCAGACGAAAGGCAAGCCCAAAAUGAUUGGGAGAUAACAGCUGCUUCAGAAAAGUUGGCUGAAUGCCAAGAGACAAUACUUAACCUCGGGAAGCAGUUGAAGGCAAUGGCUGCACCAAAGGAAGCAGCCCUUUUUGACAAGGUCAUCACUAAUCCCACUGAUAUAAAUACCCUCAAAGCCAAAGCCACAUGCCCAACCCCACAGAAGAAGCUGAACCAACGAUCCUCUCUACUAGAUCAAAUGUUAGCAGAAGAUGGUGCUGGCAUCAAGGAUUUAAUGUCUCCAAAGACAAAAGAGGUCGACAGUAAUUCGACUUCCACGUUCGGUCCUAAGAGGGUGAUAGAGCCCCUUGAGAAUAUCCUUGUUGUAAAUGGUAAAUACCAGGAUGACAAUGCUACUGUUGGUUCCUUAGCUAUAGUGCCUGGCAAGAAAAGGGGAGGUUGGAGUUUAUGGAAAAAGCUGGUAUGGAGAAAGAAAGGUAGCAGCAAAAAAGCACCCCUUCCGAUUGCUUCAUGAUCAAUCUCUAUCGUAUGAUGAGUUGAUUACAACGUUGGUGUUCCUUGCUCUGUUUUGAUGGCAGUUUGGUUUGUCACACGCCUGGAAUGCAAAAUAAUAAAGGCUAUAGGUCUGUUGGUCAUUCUCAUUUGAGAGAUAUUGGAGAAUGCGUGAGUGAGGGUUUUGUUUUUGUUUUUGCAUACGUUAUGUAUUGCUCCUGUAUAUAUAUAUCGUUCUAGGCAACUGAGAUUUUGCAACAAUGUCAGCAGAGAAGUUGACAUUUGUGUACCAUUAACCCAAAUAAGGAAAUGAGUGUGAAAAAAAGAGAAUAUGUAGUUAUGUUGUA